AUGAGGGAAAUCGGACACACACAGGCAACAAUCCCGCUGAGACACUCAUUCGGCACUGAAGCGGAGGCAGUGGCACUGGCCAAUUCGACACCCUCAGGCCUGGCAGGCUACAUGUUUUCGCGUGAGGUGGGCCAAUGCUGGCGCGUGGCGGAGGCGAUGGAAGCGGGUCUGGUGGGGGUGAACGCAGGUGUCGUAAGCACACCAGAGGCUCCAUUUGGUGGAGUCAAGCACUCCGGCAUUGGCCACGAGGGUGGACCGGGCGCGCUGAAGGAAUUCAUGAACACAAAGUACAUGUGCUGGGCUGGUCUCGAUUAG